AUGAAUUUCACCCUGAAAGAAAGCGGCGAACCGUAUUAUUCCAAAGCCGGUUAUGAUUCAAAGGCAAACUAUGAAGCACUCAUGAAAUCUCCUUCAGAAAUCCUCAGUCCUACCAACAGCACCUUUGGCUCUCCUAAACCAGGGACUUCUAGAGUCAUUGACUCCCUUCAUCAAAACAUUGAUCUGCUCAAGAAUGAACUUCAAGAAGUCAAACUGAAACAUGAAGACGACAAAAAUAAACAUGUGUCCAUAAAGAAGAGGUACGACCAAGUGGUUGAACAAUUGGCUACACAAAAACACGAAAAUGACAUGGUCAAUGCUCUCCUUGAACGUAAACAAAGACGUAUUACUGACCUAGAAGAAAAAUUGGGAGAAUCCAUGAACUCUCAAGAAGACUACAAAUUCAACUUGACCAAUCUCGAAGUCAGAUGUAAAAAACUUCAAGAAAGUGAAAGGGUUGCCACCAGUGAAUUCGAGCGGAUGAAGAUUGCUUAUGAAACCGUCGUCACUUCUCAAAAAGAAUACCGUGACUAUUAUACCAAAGAAAUCAAUUCCCUUAAAGAUCUGUUGGCCAGUUAUGUCGCUGAACGUACUGAAGCUUUAGCAGAAACUAAACAACAGAUUAUCAGCUCUGAUUCCGAUAUUUCUUCAAGCAUGAAACAACUCACCGAACAAUCUCGCUCUCUUGAAAACCAAUACGCCGCUAAGAACUCUGCGGUCAUUGACACUUUGAAAUCAUUGGCAGUCGCUGCCAAAUCACACGGUUCAGACACUCAACUUAUCAUCAACCAAUGUAACUUGGUAUUCAACGAACUUAAAAACCGUUUUGAUUUGGAUGUCACCCAAUUGAUUGAAAAUUAUAAAGACAGAGAAGUUGACAACACCAUUGAAAAACUUCUUGGUAUCGAUUCCACUUCUUCCUCUGCUGUCGUCCCAUCAUCUCCUCAACCACAUCAAACUUCUAAUAAAUCAACUCCAAGUCCAGGGGCUACUCUUCCAAAGAAACGUGGCUCAGUUCGCAAACCAAGUGCUACCACCACUACUCCUUCUCCAAGAAAUGUCUCAAACGGUUCUGCUAAAGAGCAAGAAAAUAUUGAUCCAAAAUCAAGAAAAUCGGACAAUAAUGGGGACGCCAAAAAGAAAGAACCAAAGAAAAAUGAUCGUCGCAGUUUGAGUGGUGCUGGCAGCUCCAGUAAUGGUCCAUCAAUCACCGCUAGCCCAUCUCUUAAUAGCAUUGCUGCGUUUAGUCCGAACCCAAAUGGUAAUAACAACAAACGUCACUCCCGCAAAGCCAGUCUAACAAAGGGUGCAGAUUUUGGGGAUUUUGAAAAAAAAUCGGUGAAUAAACUGAAACGUAACUCUCUUGCGAACGAUCUCAUGAAUCAAGAUUGGCGUGGUAGCUCUCCUUCCGCCCCAGGAACCCCAAAACUAAAUAACUCCUUCAAUGAAGAGGAUGAAAAGGAUGAAGUUGAUGACGAAGUUGCCGAUGGUGAUGCUGGGAAAAAGAAGAGAAAGAGAAAGAGAAAUAGAAAAAGAAAGAGCAUGAAACCAGAAAAUGACCCUUCUGCUGCCGACACAGAACUUGAUGAUAUCAACAAUAUGAUUAAGAAUGAUUUGAACUUAACUACAAGUAAUGAAUAG